AUGGUCUCACUAUUAGCCAACAAGGAAGCGGAUGGCAAGUUUCUCGCUGAGUACACCAUCGACGUGCAGAACUUUGUCAAGCCGAUGUCUUCGGAAGAUCAGACGAUCAAUGUCAACUACUUGAAAAAGUACGGAUUGCAUGAGCAGCCUUCUUUCUAUCUUUGGUCAAUAAACGUUUCAAUCUUCGAACAGCUAAGCGAUUCACAGUUUCAUCGAGUCUAAUUCUUGUCGUGUCAGUGACAAACUUCAGUUCGCAUGACGUUUUGUGUUUCUGAUCAUUCCUGCACCUCUGUCUAUUGUAAUUUUUUGAACUGAUAACGUCCGUGCACGCGGGUGAUAACAGAAAUCGGGCUUUCAUUGCCCUAUUUCUCUUUUAGCACAAAUGGUUGGAAUAUCGUUCACUUCAAGAUCAGGAACUAUCGACGAAAAUGGAAAUGAGAAGAAUGAGUGAGCCCACGGAAAGUUUUCAGUUUUUAAAAGCAUUUGAACCCAGAUUCUCGGCCUCAGCGGUCCUUGAUCAACGGGAAACCGAUUGGAGAUCAAUGUGGAUCUCCAUCUUUCUCCAGUUCGUCGUAGGCGUUCAAGUGUCCGUCUACUAUAUGUCUAUGUGGCCGUACUUGCAAAAAGUGAGUGAUCCCAAAUCGGAAUCGCUAUAAAAGGCACGUUCAGUUGGACAAAACCGCAGAUGUGGACUUUCUUGGAUGGAUUGUAGCCGCUUGUAACAUUGGAGCGACCAUUGUAAGUACCCAGUUUUUCUUACUUUUCAUGUUAACAUUACUUACAGUCGAAUCCUAUUUACGGAUACUGGAACCAGAGGACAAUGUCCGUGAAAUGGCCAGUUAUCACUGGAUUUCUGAUUGCCGCACUUGGUGGGAACAUUGGAUCCAAAAGAAACGUGAAAGUUUAUUUAGUUUUCAGCUCAAACAUGGUAUGGACUUUUGGGUUUGUUCGCCGGCGCCAAAUGGUACAUGCUCGUGGCCAGAAUCGUUACUGGACUGGGAGUCGGAAAUAUUGCCGCUUUAAGAGUUUACGGAGCAACAGCAUCCACCCCAAAGGACAGAAUGAAGGCGAUCUCGUACGGAACUGGAGGAUACGUACUCGGAAUUUCUUUCGGUCCCGUGCUUUCGGUGAGAAUAUGAGAAUUGACCGGAUAAUCUGUGUUCUCAGGCGUUCUUCACUCCUCUCGGAGAAAUCGGAUGGAGAAUGGGAUCGAUCUACUUCAACAUGUUCACCGCUGUGGCUUUCCUGAUGACCGGUGUCUGCUUCGCUGCCUGUCUGGUCGUCUACUUCUUUUUCGAGGAGAACUACGUGGGAAUUAUGGAUGAGAAUGAAAGCGGUAAGGUAUUAUCUUAACGAUUCGCAAAAAGUAUCAUGUUAGAAUCGACUGUGGUUGUGCCGAACUUUGAUCUUUUGGCCGCUUUGGUUUGCAUUUACUUGUUCAUGAUUGUCAAUAUCAUUGCCACCAAUAUCGAAGUGUAAGUAUCACACCUUCCUUAAUAAUUCAUCCCAGCCAUUCAGAAUGUCUACCCCACUGACAACUGUCCUGUAUGAUUGGAAAGAUAGUCAAUCGAUCCUCUACAAUGGAAUCGCCCUCUGCUGUUCGUGCAUCGUCUCCGUCGCGCUCAACGUCAUCCUCGGCAGCACGAAGCUCGGAAAACUGUGAUGCUGACCAGCCACUGCUCAGUUCUUAUACAUUUCAUAGCUACUUCCAGAGACAAACGCAUCCAGAUGCUCGUCGGAAUCGUGUUCUUCCUGCUCUACCAAGUGUUCAUGUACCCGUGGAACUUCUAUUCUGGACCGUUGGACUACUUGCCUGACGGAGAGGACACUGACGUUGCAGGCGGUUGUUACCAGACGUACAAGUGGUGCAGUUGGACCACGAGAGUCCCGUUGCCCGUUUACUUGAUGUGUUUCAUUGUGUUCUUCGGAAUCGCGUUCCCGUUCGUCGAAUCGCCUUCAGCGGCACUUUAUUCAGAGGUUUUGGGUCCCCGAAAGCAGGGAACUAUGCAAGGACUCUUCUCGUUGGGAGGAAGUUUGGCGCCCGUCAUCGGAUCAUUGACUUCAACGUAAGAAUUAUGUGUAGACUCUGACCGUGACACGUUUCAGAGCUCUUUUCCAAGCUACCGGAUUCCAAUACGUGAUGGUCUAUCAGGCGGGCAUUCUGUUGAUUGGCGCCGCGCUGAUCUUGCUCUUCUACAAACGUCUGGUUCCGCUAAAGUUGAAGUCUAUUAAGAAAACGUGA